AUGAGCGCGCUGGACGUGAGAAAUGGGAGGGUGGAUAUCGAGGUGCCAACGGACGAGGACGCGAAGCAUUGCGCUCGCGUGUUGAAGGAUCAGCACUCCAGCCUGAAGUCCAUCGAUCUCAGGAGGGGUCUCGUCACGAGCGCGGGGGCCGGCGCUCUCGCCAAGGCACUCAAAGGCAACUCAAGUCUGCGACACCUGGGCCUGCCGGGCAACAGCAUCGGAGACGUCGGUGUUGGUGCCAUAGGGCGGGCGUUGGAAGGAAACCUGGGGUGCGUCCUGGCUUCGGUAGACCUAUCCGCCACGGGCAUCACGGUGGUGGGGCUGUCUAACCUCGUGCAAGGGGUGUCCAGGCUGCCGAACCUGCACACGGUCUGCCUCAACGACAACAACCUUGCGCAAGAGGCCGGGCUUCAGCUGUCGAACCUCCUCAAGGCAAGCGCGUCGCUGCACACGGUGCUGGCCGGCGGGAACUAUCUGGGGGACCGGGGGCUGGCGGCGCUGUGCGGGGCUUUCUGCUACCUCAAACCGGCGAGGGUUCUCAGCCUGGACGUCAGCGGGAAUGGUAUCGGAGACCUUGGCGCCCAGUGGCUCUGCAAGGGCAUCUCCGCCCUGUGCCGCAACCAACAAGACGCGGCCGGCAGCGGCAGCGGCAUCCGCGACCUGCGCCUCCGAGGUAACAACAUCACCCACACCGGCGCGAAAGAGCUCGCCACCAUCCUCUCCGAGGGCCGUUGCGCGCGCGACCUGCGCGAGCUCGACCUGUCGAUGAACACAAUCACCGCGGAUGGCUUCCGCCCCCUCGCCGUCUCGCUCCGCGGGUGCCGGGAGCUCGUCCGGCUGGACGUGGCCGGCUGCCGACUCGGCCCCGGAGGUGUGGACGCCGUCGCCGACCUCAUCGCCGCCUCGGGGCCGAAGCUCACCGCCGUUGUCCUGACGCCCAAGGCGGAGUUCGCGGACCGGGUGCUGGGGGACCGGGGGGGGCUCGCGGUUGCGCUGCGGCAGUCCCUCCAGCGACUGGCGGACUCGCUCCCGUUCGCCGGCAGCGUGGUGGAGGGCAUCGGCAAGAGCGGGGCGCGCGGGACGGGGAUCGAGCGGCCGAAAGCUGGCCUGGAGCGGCAGAAGGCGGCGGGUGGAACGGCGGAGCGGCAGCGGAGAGGAGCGGGGGGUCCGCGACCUUCUCCGCCAUCUGGAGGAGGGGUUGGGACAACCGCGUCGUCCUCGGGACCCGGUGGCCUUCAACGGACGUCGAGCAAGGCGUCCAUGCGAGGAGGCGGGGGAACCGCGGGAAAACCUGAAACGGGACAACCGAGACAGCCGGUGGUGGCGGGUCAGCAUCACAAGACGACGACGGCGACGCUUGCCGCUCGCGACCGCGCCGCCGUCGAUGCCCACGCCGCCCCCCACAGGCGCUUGCACCAGGGGGAGGAGCUGGACUCGAUCGAAGGGUUCACGGAGCAACGGCAAGCUCCGAAGUUGAUGCCGCCAACCCGGGAGUUGCUGGCGAGCCAGGCGGCCGCGGCGGUAUUAGCAGCCGGUGGUGGUGGCAACACGGGCUUUUACGGUGACGGCGGUAGCGGGGGUAAGAAGGCGGCGGGACCAGGGCCCUCGGCAGGCUUGGAGGCCUCCGCCAGCGGGGGUGUCGUAGAAUCAAUCGCGGAUGUGGUGUCCAAGGUGAUGGGAGACACUGCGGCCGUGGCGGACGGUCUGGUAACGCCUCCUCCCGUGGCGCCUUCGACGUGGGAUUGGGACACGAAUAGUGGUGGCCCUGCUGGAUCUGCGGCGACGGGGAAGAAGGAGGAGAACGAUGCCGACGACUCCCCUGCUACUACCGCCAGCGGUGCUUCUACGAUGGUCCCGUCUUCGGUUGGGCCGGUGUCGACGGCGCAGCAAGGGGGCGGCGGGGCCAAGGCGGUGGCGCUGUCGCGGAAAUCGUCGGCCGCGAGCUUCUCUACCGCGCCCGAGUCGAGCUCGGAGCCAGAGGUGGCGGCGGGGAUGACGUCUCUAGCGCUGAGCGACGGCAGCAGAUCAGGGUUGAACUCGAGCUCUCAGGGUACUACGGCGAUUGAAGUCAGCUCUGGCGGGGGCGGCGGUAGCCAGCAGCAGCUGGUUACUGUGGAAGACGCGAGUCGGAUGCUCGCUCCUCUCGUCGCCCAAGAGGUGGAAAAGGAGACAAAAAAGAUUGAGAUCAGGAUGCAGAGGCGCGUGCCUUCUUCCGUCGUGUGCGCCGCUGCGAAACGCGUACGGUUAGCGCUAUUAAAGCACUUGGGAGCUUGGCAGAACGAGAUGAAUUCAGCUUUGCGGACGAUGAGGUCGGAGAUGGAGGCUAUCGACCGCGAGGGGCUGAUGGCGCGGGUGGCCAUGGAGAAGCGCCUCAAGACGGGCAUCAAGCGGCUGCUGGAGCGCAUCGACCACCUGGAGCGGCGGUUCUCCAAGCUAGAGCGAGAGGACCGGAAGCGACUCGCCCUGGAAGCGGCUUCUGUCGCAGCAGCGCCGACGCCGCCGCCGCCGGCCUUGGGGGGUGCCGCCGAUGUUGUUGUGCGUCUGCAGUCCCCCUCCUCGGCAAGCGAAACCUCGGCUGCCUUGAACAAGAGCAAUCGCGCGCCGGAUACACCGGAGGCUCGGCCGCUCGUGACGUGGUCGGGCGGCGACGGGGAUUUCAGCAGCGCGGCCGGGUCUACCGCCGCCUCUUCGUGCGACGGAGAGUACUCCGAGGCAGGGGAUGACACCGAGGCGGACAUCGUCCGGAUGCUGGAGGAGAAGAUGGCGGCGCUGGAGGGAAAGCUCCUGGGCCACGAGGAACGGCAGCGCACCGACCCGAGGGCCGCGGAAGGGCUGGGGAUGAGUCCCGCGAUGUGGGCUUGA